UUCAACCCCCACAAUGCAUAGUGCAUGUUACACAAAAUAAUCAACAUCGAAAAUCGUGAUUUAUUUUUAAAUAAUGAAACUGAACCGACCUCAAAAUGCACUAAUCGCUCAGCACAACCAAUGGGAUAAUGGCUGGGAUGAUUUUUGCUUCUUUUGCAGUUCUCCAAAUAGCAUUUUAGAAAGAAAUGCAGUAAAUUAGCUUCAACAUUCUUAACAUUUCUUGGAAAUACCUCCGGGACCCCACUAAAACAGACCCUGUACAUUGAUUACAAUGAGAACAGGCUCUCUUGGGAAAUCUCUGUUCUAAGAUGGAAACCCAGUUUUGAGUUCACUAAAGAUGUUGUCCUAUUUAAAAGAUGUUGUCCUAUUUAUGUCUCCUGUCCUGUCUAACAGUUUGCCUCUGAGGUGAGGUUUGAAGGUUUCUCCCUCAGAGCCCAGGAUAGAGGGAACAGCCUGCUGCCUUCUGAUCCAGACUCCCAGACCAGCUCUAACCACAAGCUACACUCGGAGGUGUUCCAUUACUACCGGCCUGUUCUAGAUCUAGUCCAGUUGGUGACUGUGUCAGAUCUCCCCAUCUUCCUCCGCUCCAGCACAGCGUUUCACCUGUAUCCGUCACAUCAGCUGAUGACUGAGGUGUCCACAUCUCAGAUAAACUGUGCCUCUCAGAUCUGUAAACGGGAGAUAUUUAACCACAUAGCUGCUUUAAGGGAAGGGACUUUCCAAAAUGUUACCAGCAGUUGUAGGUGAACUGCUAGACGGUCACGCUGAAAGUCAGACUGCAGAUAUGGUCAUUUAUUUACUGUCUGAACAGGUUUACCCUUGAACCUGCUUUGGGGAUAAUGAACUUUGUUCUUAGAUAAUGAUUGGCCAGGUCUCAUGUGACUGUAUGCCUAUGUAGACUGAACAUGAUAUUUUUCUACUGUGAUAACAGAUCAAACCUUGUCAUGUACAGUGUUGAAGGAAAUAAGAAAGCGCUAGAUACAUCUCCCCAGUUAUCUACAUCUCCCCAGUUAUCUACAUCUCCCCAGUUAUCUACACUUGUUCAUUCCUUGACCUUUUCACUACAGGGAACUGUUCUCCAAAUCACUAAAAGAUAAACUGCUCCUUGAUCAGUUCAGAUCACUGUCUGGAAAGGUAGGGGCCCUGUUCUCUCUGUCCUGUAUGGUCGGCUCCAUGGCUCUGCCCCCUGCCUCUCAGUAGUAUUACUGUAGUAGUGUGGUGUAGUAUGUAUAGUGAUGUUGUGUCUCCAGGUAGGGGCCCUGUUCUCUCUGUCCUGUAUGGUCGGCUCCAUGGCUCUGCCCCCUGCCUCUCAGCUCAGCUCCCAGAAGUGGAAGGACUUCAUAGCCAAGAGACCCAAGGCCCUGCCUGUUCCAGAUGUGGAGGUGAAGGGUGAGCGCGGACACUACUUCCUGUUGGUCCAGGGGUCAGAGGGCGGAGACUGCAAGGCCCGCAUGAUACACUCAGCCAAUCAAAUCAAUGGAGCCGCUGCCAUGGCAACCACCAAUGGGCUUCUGAAAGAAAAUUAUUUGACGUCUUCAGUUUCCACUACUACAGACUGGCUGCGCUCCCUGCCUUGUCUCCAUGGAGACCAACUGCUACAGAGAGAGAGGAAGUUGGCCAAGGUGCAGACCCUGGUCCUAAAGGAGUGUCUGAGACGUAGAGAACAGGCAGACAAGCCAGCCUCAAUACCAGUCAAUGACCUGAAGGUCCUGCUCAGCCUGGCCAGAGAACAGUACCUCAAGAUGCAUGACUCUACCCUGCCUAAAGCUUCCAGCCUGCCUAAAGCUUCCAGCCUGCCUAAAGCCUCCACCCUGCCUAAAGCUUCCAGCCUGCCUAAAGCCUCCAGCCUGCCUAAAGCUUCCACCCUGUCUAAAGCUUCCAGCCUGCCUAAAGCUUCCAGCCUGCCUAAAGCCUCCAGCCUGCCUAAAGCUUCCAGCCUGCCUAAAGCCUCCAGCCUGCCUAAAGCCUCCAGCCUGCCUAAAGCUUCCAGCCUGCCUAAAGCUUCCAGCCUGCCUAAAGCCUCCAGCCUGCCUAAAGCCUCCAGCCUGCCUAAAGCUUCCAGCCUGCCUAAAGCUUCCAGCCUGCCUAAAGCCUCCAGGCUGCCUAAAGCCUCCAGCCUGCCUAAAGCUUCCAGCCUGCCUAAAGCCUCCAGGCUGCCCAGAGUUGAGCACUGUGGAGCAGAGGAGGAGAACCACACUAUGAAGACUACAGAGUUCAUUAAACACUCCCAACAUGUUGACUGGCCGGAGAGAAGUGUUCUGCAGAACUAUGAGAACCUCCAGAGGACUCGUCAGAAGCUGAGGUUUGGUCUGGAGGCUCGUCUGACUGUCUGCUGGGGCCUAAGGACGUCCAGGGCCAGAGAACCACCCCAGCCUUGCCUGGGGCCUAAGGACGUCCAGGGGCCAGAGAACCACCCCAGCCUUGCCUGGGGCCUAAGGACGUCCAGGGCCAGAGAACCACCCCAGCCUUGCCUGGGGCCUAAGGACGUCCAGGGCCAGAGAACCACCCCAGCCUUGCUGGAUGCCAAAGAGCUGCUCAGGCACUUCACACCUGAUGGCCUGCCCACCGGAGAUCUGCAGCCUCUAUUAGUCCAGAGACUAGGGGGAAAUACAUUCCACAUGUCUCCAGACCUGACCCCCAGGAAAGUGACCCAGCUCCCCUUCAACCAGGCAGCCAGCUCCCACUACCACGGAAUAGAGUUCUGUCUGGACGAGCAGAGCCACAAGGCCUUGGACCGGGACCAGGGCUUUGUCCGGCUGCAGUCUCGUCUGAUUCGCUACGAGACCCAGACAACCUGCUCCAAGGAGCCUUGUCCCGUCCCCUUUGCCUUGAGCCCUGCCCCCUCGCCGGCCGUGCUGUCUGAACCAGGAAGUGUCCCGGACGGAGAGGCCCUCCUUAACUCUGACCUGCCCAGGAUCAAGAGACGAUCCUGGGAUACAGACGCCAUCCACUCCAAUAAGAGGCUGGCCAAGUCAGAGAGCAGUGAGUCCCUGGGCUCUGGUAGCAGUGGUACUGAUACCCACCCUGCUGUGAGAGCCUUGAGACUGCAGAAUACCAGGUCUCAGUCCACCUCCUCUAUCUCAGCCCUGAGACUGGCCCCCCUUGGCCCCCAGGGGCCCGAGAAGCACCAUCCUGACCCCCCACAGAGCCACAGAGCCCCCCAGGCCCAGGGACACGGGCGGGGACAGGCAGAGGACAAGGCCAGCAAGGAGUCUCGCUCCCAGAAACAUGUCCGGAUGCUGAAAGACGUUGUGGCGAAGACGCUGAAGCAUCAUGGGAUCACCAGAGAACAUAAGUGCCUUGCCGCCUGCAGUCAAAGACUGUUUGAAAUCUCUAAAUUCUAUCUGAAGGAUCUGAAAACGUCCAGGGGUCUUCAUGAGGAAAUGAAGAAAGCAGCCAGCAGCAAUGCCAAGCAGGUCAUUGAUUGGGUUACGGAGAGGGCCUGUAAGUGAAGAGGGAAGUUGAAGAAUCACUAGUGGUUUCAGACUGGUUUUACAGUCACAGCAAACAGCAAGCAUCACUGGAAUGUAGUUUCACCACGCAAACAUCUGUCAGGAUGUGAAAGUGUGAUUAGCAUUUUUCUUUAUCUUUUAAGAACAUCAUUGACUGUCAGUUCUAGGGCAGCCUUUCAUAGUAAUUACAUUGUUUAUGUUAAUGAGUUCUCUUUUAUGUUGUUUUAAUGGGAAGUUCCAAGGAGAACUGGGAGGUUUUUGUCUUUUAGAUGUGUUGACAUGGUUUAUUGAACCUGUGUGUAUGUCUCUGUUUGUAGUAAAGUAUUGGUAGAAAUUUAGAUAUCUGUAUUUCUUUUA